AUGAAAAUGUGGCUUCUUACAGGUCUCGCGGCUUCCAGCCUUGUAACCCUUGCUGCUUCCAAGUUAAAUAACAUCGCCGCCCAACUGUCACCCCAAGAGACACGGCUCCUAUUAGCGGAGCGUCUAGGUGUCUCUAGAUUCCAUGAAUUGAACCUCCAAGGGACAAACGUUCAUAAGACAUACCCAGAUAUGUCUCUCUUUGAGGAGGAAGAAAGAGAGGCGACGGGCAUGUUCAUAGAAAGCUCACGAAAAGGGAACCUUAUUCUUUCAUUGGCAGGCAUGAUAGACAAUCAAUUGGACCCUGAACUAUCUUCAACCAUUAUUAUUGACGACUCAUCAAACCCAAAUGAGGACACACCUACAGCCUCAUCCGUCGCGAAUCUACUCUCAUGCCUUGCUACCGAAAAGGCCGAGCUUUCUGGGCUCCAUAAAAAUACAUUCUCGAAGAUUUCUACAGGCGGGCUGUGUGUAUCUAUUCCCAAACUAGAGGAACUUGCAAAGUUCGAAGCUGUGCUCAACAAAGAUGGUUUUCCAACAAGACUACCUGAAGACCUUCAGCAACUUACAUCGACUCUCGACCCGACUGAAGAUUCUCAAUCAAGAUUUCUGGCCGAGUUUACUAUGAUCCGAAGGUUUAUGGAGGUUGUUCUUCCUGGCUUACCCGAAGAUGGAAUGGCUUACUGCCAUGCUCCCCAGUUGGAGGCCUUGAUCGCUACAAAGGGUACCAAAUCCGCCGAGGCUAAGGUAGCAGAGGCGCUCUAUAGUUACCUGCUCCGACACACUCCAUCGUCCAUAAAAAGCACUAUUCUCCUCCUUCCCCAAUCUAGUGACGCUUCACACGCUAAACGGGAGGAGAAGCCUCUUUCCAUCAUCCAACCCUCACCAAGCUCUAGCUCCAGUCUCGACUCUAACUUCGACACCACGCCGAAUUCAGCAAAACAAAUUCUUGGUUCUGGCCUCAUUGCGCGCUGCCAUUCUACAAAAGAUGCCUGUGAAUCGUCUACUGCCAAUUGUUCUGGUCGUGGUACCUGUGCUAAGGCCGUUCAAGCGGGUUCCAAUUCUUGCUGGACUUGUUCAUGUAAUCCACCUGUUCGCAAAGAUGGUGUUAAAACAACUACAUGGGCAGGAGCUGCAUGCCAGAAAAAGGAUAUCAGUGUUCCAUUCAAUAUGUUUUUGGUGUUUGGCAUUGUCAUUACCUUCGUUCUUAUUGCCGCUAUCAACCUGCUAUACAGCAUUGGGGAUGAACCGCUACCAAGUGUGUUGAGUGCUGGUGUUGUGCCGGCUAAACAUAACUAG